GUCACAAAGCCGCACAUCAACAAAGUUCAUCACUUCAAAACAGAGUGCGCGUCUUUUUCGCCGGCAAAAGGUCAAUAAUUUCCCCGCAAAUUUACUCCGCCACACGAUGGUCUCGCCGAAGACGCAGGUCGAGGAGCUGCAGGAGUACUUCAAGACGCACAACAAAACGCGCGAAGCCACCAAAGCACACAGCGCCAAGGUUCACUCCGUCGGCUGGAACUGCGACGGGAAACGGCUUGCGUCCGGUUCCUUUGACAAGUCGGUGGUCAUUUUCACGCUGGACCGGGAGCGGUUGAACAAGGAGAGCACGUACCGUGGCCACACCGGUUCCGUGGAUCAGCUGUGCUGGCACGCGUCCAUGCCGGACCUGCUGAGUACGGCCAGCGGGGACAAGACGGUGCGGAUAUGGGACGCCCGCGUGGGCAAAUGUGCCACCAUCAUCAACACCAAGGGGGAGAACAUUAACAUAACUUGGUCUCCGGACGGGAACACGAUUGCCGUGGGCAACAAGGAAGAUCUGGUGACGUUCAUCGACGCCCGGAUGCACAAGAUUCUGGCCGAGGAGCAGUUUUCGUUCGAGGUGAAUGAGAUCGCCUGGAGCAACGGUAGCGACCUGUUCUUCCUGACGAAUGGCCAAGGUUGCGUGCACAUCUUGAACUACCCGGAUCUGAACCUGCAACAGGUGCUAAAGGCCCAUCCGAGCACGUGCAUCUGCAUUGAGUUCGACCCAACGGGGAAGUACUUUGCCACGGGUUCGGCUGACGCCUUGGUGUCCCUCUGGGACGCCGAAGAGUUGGCCUGCCUGCGAGUGUUCUCCAGACUGGAUUGGCCCGUGCGAACCAUUUCAUUCAGCCAUGACGGAAAGCUGCUUGCAUCGGCCAGCGAAGAUCUGAUCAUCGACAUUGGAGACACCGAGACGGGCGAAAAAGUGGCGGACAUUUCCGUUGACGCGGCCACCUUCACCGUCGCCUGGCACCCGAAGCAGUACAUCUUGGCGUACGCUUGUGACGACAAAGACGCCAACGACCGACGCCGGGACGCGGGCAGCUUGAAAGUGUGGGGCUUCACCGAGUAAAGAAAAGCCUUUUGUAUUACAAUUAGUCUAAAUAAAAAGCUCUUUCUAUUGCCAAGUCUCUUCCUGAUA